AAUCUUGCCAUGAUGUGGCGCCUAAACGAGCAAUCUCUGUAUUUGACAGAAAACGUAGCUAGACUAUUUAAGGGAGAAGAAUGGUAGGUGCAUUCUUAAAGUUUUGAAGCGUUUCCUUGGAGACACAUUACGAAGGUUGAUAAGAACAUCGCUAACUAAACCAAGGAAAGAUGAGCCGACGACUAAUGGUUAUUGUGUGUAUCACAGCUAUACUGAUAUCAACGGUCACGUGUCUACCAGACGCCAUGUUGUCACCCCCAGACCGACCGAAUGAGUUCCGAUCCCCAGGCCAGCUCAGAAGUUACCUCAAAGCACUAAAUGACUAUUAUGCAAUAGUUGGAAGACCAAGGUUCGGUAGAAGUGCAUACAAACAGCCAGCAAGAAACACAUUUCAGGAUGAAUCAAUGGACAGUGAAUAGACUAUGGUUACAUUUGGGAUGACGGUCUAGCACGUGAUGCUUUUGACGUUAAUGAUGACGACACCAUUCCAUUCUACUGAUUUAUAAACACACCAACAAGAGUUCCAUGUAGAUUUCAUCUUCCUAGCUGUAUAUAUAUACUUUAUUCUCGCAAAAUAUUCAAUAUUUUAUAUGUAAAUCAAUUCUGCAUUGCGGGAUAAAAAAAAGCAUUGACAAUAACAUUUUAUAAGCACACUGACAAAAUAGACAAGUAUUCAAACUAAUAUAUAGACAAAUAUAGAAUAACAUAUUGUGUGUCGGGAAAUACUAGUAUACCAUGAAAUUAGGAAAAAAAACUUACUUUGAUAAUAUUAGAUCUAUAAUACAUCGCAAUUUAACUAACCGACAGUUACAGAUCAUGGCAACAUAAUUUGAAUGUAUAAUUGACGAAGUUCAAAUAAAGACUGGUACACGUGUUAGCAUCAGCAGAAUAGAAUGGACAUCUCAUCCAGACGACACAUCAUUUGACUAUGUAACAUCGGCUCGUCAUUUUGUUUGUUUGGAUUUUCUUGCAAAAUAAUUAUGAUUUUUUAAAUAAAAAUAAAAAUAA